CUCAUAAAUCUCACCCAUGCCUGGAAGCACGUAGGGUUCAGGAACAACAGUAGGUUGAACUUUGUCUCACUGAAAUUAAACUGGAACAAAUAAAAAACAACUGGAGGAACUCGGCGGGUCAAGUGACAGCAGAAAGAGGGGUGGGGGGUCGACAUUUCGUGUCCAGACUCUGCAUCAGGGUCUCGAUGUUGCUCGGCCCGUUGAGUACCAGGAGUCAUUGUUUUGCACCAGAUUACAGUCCCUCGUUUGGACGGUCCCCUCUCUCCGUGUCACCUCCCACCCAGCACACGGCAAUAUGUGGCGCUCAGUUUCGCACUGAGCUGGGGAGACGCCUAAUUUUUCAGCCAAGUCAGCAUAAAAAAUAACUUUUGAAAAAUCUCUUCCUCUCCCGACCGCAGGUCGUUAAUCGUAAGACCCGGUCCAAUGACUGGGACUGUUGAACUUUAGAGUGGUGAAACUUCGCGUCUGGCCCGUGUUGGCUUCCCAUCCCAAACAUGAAGGCUGCGCCCCUGUUGCAGACUAAUGGCGGAACACAUGACCACAACGCAGCAGCAAAGGUGAAGAUGUUUUUCAAUAAACAAAAUGAAUACUUGCUUAAGGUUCAGGGCCUCCUGUGCAGGAAGACUGGACGAUCAAUGCUAGAUGUAUUUGUCAGGAGUCUUACAAUUCUCUGCAUGGCAAUAGCAAUUGUUCUGUCCUCCAUUUCUGUGUGCGAUGGUCACUGGCUGUUUGCAGACACGAAGAUAUUUGGACUCUGGCAUUUCUGCACCUUACAACUUGACCACAAGGCUGAAUGCACAACUGAAAUCAGUGUGGCUGAGGUCAAUGGCUUAUACACUGGCCUAGUUUUCAUAAGAAUUACCACCACUCUUGCUGUGGUGCUGGCAAUAUUUGGUCUGGAGAUGCUAAUUACGUCUCAGCUUUGUCAAGAUCCCAACGCCAGGCGCAAAUGGGCAUUUGGCUCAGGACUGACUUUACUAUCUUUCUCCAUGACAUCUUUGGGCAUGUUGACCUUUGUCAUUCUGUUGCGGGACUUUAUUACAUUCACAGGUUUCAGUUUAACAUUCUGGUGUGAAUUCAUUGCCACUUUCCUCUUUUUCCUCAGCAGUAUUAGUGGUCUUCAAAUUUACAGCAUGAUGCCUGUAGUUGAAGAUAGUUUAGCAAGUGUAUAAUUAUCCUUAUCUCUGUAAAAAUAAAUAAGUUUUGAACUCUGUAAAUGUGAAAUUGAACUAUUUUAUGCUUAGGUUGUUUUAGCAUCUCUGUAAAAUUACUAAAAACUCAUUUUGCUUUUCUUUCUUAUUUUAUAAUGUAAUAUGAAGUCAUGUUUCUAUUUUCUAUUCUACAAUGAAUCAAUAAUUGUUGAUACAGAAAACAGCUAAAAAUUAUUUUCUAGGUGAGGUUAUGUGCUUGUGGGGGAGGAGGCUUGUUAAUUCACUUUGCUUAAAAUAACACUGACAAUAAUUUCUUCAUUCAUUGCAAUUAAAAAACAAUCAUACAAUUGGUCGUUUCUACUAAACUCGGCAAUAGGACUGGGUAAGUGGGAAGUAUUAUUAUCUUAACAUUGAAAUAAUGCCUCAUUCUCAACAUUUCCUCACUUGAAGAUUUUUUUUAAAGGGAUUUUGGCUUCACAAAAAACAACUGUUAUAUGCAUUAUAGCACUAUAGUUUACUACAUUAUGGUUUUAACUUUCUUGGGAUUUGGAUUUGAAUCCAACACAGACUUGCUGGAUGAAAGAUUUCUCUUCAUUGAUUGAGUAAAAUGAAUGUGGAAAAUCUUAAACCAAUCCUUUUGGGGAUAGUUUACAACGUAAAAUGUCCACAAGUUGACAUUAAAUUGACUGAAUCCCUGAGAAUGUUUGGAAAUGACUGAUAGCUGAGGGAAUUAGUUGAAUGGAUACUGAUGCAGUGCAGGUGCUCCUCUGAAAUUGUGUUGAGGCACAUUGUUGGGGUAGAACUGAGAUUUUUUUUGCUCCAAAUCUCACUAAACUAUAUCUGUCAUCCAAGGGCUGUAAUGCUGAUAUAAAACAGAUUCAUUUCAUUAUCUGUGCUGUCAAUGCGAUAAUGGGGCAUAGAAGAAAUUAUCCCAUAUGAUAGAAAUAUUGUGGUCAACAGCAUGCACCUUGACAUUCUGAUGAGAUUGUGUCAUGUGGCACCCUGCCAGCUACAUAGCAGUCUGAAUGAUUAUAUGGAUGCUCAUUUUGCAAGAUAAAAAUAAUAACCAUACAAGAAAGAAAUCAUGCAAAAUAACACUGGGAUAAAACUGAAACAUUGGUUUUAAUGUAAUUAGUUGAAUAGUAUUGUCUGAGACUUACACAAGACAAUUUAAUAGAAUCUCUGCUAACUAUAGACUGUACAAAUCAUAAUUCAAUAAAAGCAUUUUGUAAUAUUCACACAUUGUUGUGGAUGUUCCUUGAUUUGAUCACGUACAUUUCAGAAAUAAACUUUAAGCACAAAAUGAUUAACAUGAAAAUAUACAUUUGUAAAAUUGCAUUUUCUCGUUUAUAUUGUGACUAAAAACUGAACCGAUUCAUGCAGUAAGCCCAACAUAGCAAAUUUCAGCUUUACACAUUGGUUUUCAAAAGCUAUGGAUCACAUUCAAAUCUUUUACAAUGACAUUGCACUUCAUAAAUAACUACCUGUACUUUUAAUUCAAAUCGACCAUUCACAGGAUAUACUGAGAUUUUUUUGUGGGGUUCUGGGAAACCAUGAUAUCUUCAUUCCCCAACUAUUUCAAUGCUAUGCACUUGUAAACGUUUUGUUUGAAUGACUUGGAUGUUUUGCCAUCAAAGGAGAAAAGUGCUUUUUCAGAAAAAUUCCUUGUCAGUCUGAUAUACAGUUUAACAAUAUUGUUAGACACUGAGCAAGGCAAAGAAUUGUAAGAGUACUUUGGAGCUAGUUUUUUUGUGUCAUUAAUUUACUUUAAAUGUAAGAGUUAUGCAGUCAUACAAGGAAAUUGUACUUCAAUAUAAAAUUAACUUAUUGCAUCCCA